CCCAGAAAGAAGCUUCACCUCCUUCGUUCAAUACCCAACCAGGAAGUUGAGAAGAGAAGAAAGCAAAGCAGAGAGGGAGGCAGUAGCGCCCGCUCGCAUUAGCGUGGGGGGUUACCCGGCCGCGCUGGAGGAUUUUCCAGUUACGCAUAGGCAUUAAUCCUCACCCUCCGUUUGGCACGGCUGCCAGUCUCCCCCCGCACCCACCCGAUGGCUUCUCUCCAGGACCCUCUGCCUGAAGAUCAUGCUGCAAAAGAGCCCGUGGAAGAUACAGAUCCAAGCACUUUUCCAUUAGAAAUGAGAGAAAAGUAUCCUGUCCAAGAUACACGGCUACCUAAAGAUGAGGAGUACCUAACAGAUAAAGUUACAUUGGAAAUAGCAUCUAUUAACAUCAGGAGUCUUACAUCAGAUUCUGGCCUAAUACAACAGCCAGAAGAGAGUGAUAGUCAAAACAAUACUGGAGAAUCACUUUCAGAUAUGAGGAGCUCCUGCAAAGAAAAUGGCACCUGCUCCUUAUGUUUGUGUCGUGCUCCAACCAUCAGUGACUUGCUCAAUGACGAGGACUUGUUGUACACAAUGAGGAUAAAGCUGGAUCCAUGCCACCCUACAGUAAAAAACUGGAGAAAUUUUGCAAGCAAAUGGGGAAUGACCUAUGAUGAAUUGUGUUUCCUGGAACAGAAACAACAAAGCCCUACGUUGGAAUUUUUGUUGCGGAACAGUGAUAGGACUGUGGAACAAUUGAUUGAUCUGUGUAAAUUAUAUCAAAGAAUUGAUGUUGUGAAAGUGCUGCUGAAGUGGGUGGAGGAAGAAUGGCCAAAGAGAGGGAAUGGAACCUAUCAGAAUCACUUCUAGGUCAAAGAAAAUUGUUAGCUUGAAAAAUUUACUUGUCUAAUUACAACCAGUGAGAGGGAAGCUUUCCUUGUCAGUGAAAGGGCACAUACCAUCAGUUUAUGCAGAAUGCAAGCUUUUAUUAUAUAUGUAUUCCAAGCAAAGAUGACCUUCCAAAUGUGAACAGAAUAUUACUAAUACAGAGUUGUCUUCCUGAGUCUACAAACAUUUUAAGGCUUCUCCACUGCUCAUAGAUUUCCCAAGCAGGAGAGUGAAAAUGACACAGCAUCCAGCAGUAUGACCCUUGAAAUUUAGAACCUUGGAAGGAGUGAAACUGACAAGAAUGUCAGUUUCCCACUGCUGUUGAUUUGUAAAGUUUUGAUCAGCAGCCAAGAUGCUUGAACCAUUGCCCCUACCUCACUGGUAACCCUGCCCCUAUCUUUCAUAUCAGCUUCUACUUAGUAGGUGUCUGGUAAUAUUUCAAGCCCUAACAGGAGGAAUAAAAGGAUCUGUUAAAAGUGUUUAAAUAUUUUUGGUAUAGGAACACCUCAUGUGUUUCCAACAUCACUUUGCAUUUGCAUUAUUGGAUUAUUUUCAUGUUUGAAUACCCCAUUUUGCAAAAAUUUCAUUUGGAUACUCUUUUAUAAAAAAAAGAGACAUUAAAUGAAACUGUUGUAUAAUUCUACUACAUUAGAAUUAUCUAUUGAUUAUGGAAGAAAUCACAUUGAAUUCAGAGAGAAUUUCCAAGGCCCACAAGAGUUGGGGACAAAAAAGCAUUUAAGAAAAUGCUUUAUAUUAAAAAUGAGUUCCAAGAGUUUUGAAGAAAACAUUCAGUUGCAGGAUUCUUAUCUGUUUUUCUCAAUGCUUCUUGUUUUGAGGUGUGGAGACAGUUGUAGCCUCACCCACAGCGUCCUCAGUAUAGUACUCACUAGGAUUUUCCUGUUCAAAGAUUGUGGUUUUCUAGAAGAGAUCACAGAACAGUCCUGUGGGCUGACCCAUUUUACACUUUACUUAGAGACCAUUUCCUGCCUGCAAAACAACACAUCACCUAUGUACCACUUAACCUAUCAUAAUGGCUUAAGGGAGUGAGUGUGGAUAGCUACUGGAGAGUUUAAGAGGGUUUAAGACUUAUCAGUCACACCAGGAAUUUGGUCUUGUUGCUACUUUGAAUUUAAAUGGUUAAACUUAAAAUGUAUUUUAGAAAGGAUUAGCAGUAAUUGAUAUUGCUCUUUUCUCUACAAUUCUUACAAUAUAUGUUCUAAUAUUUUAAAGUCAGUUUGAAAAAUCAGUGUUACAACAGAGCACUUAUUGCUAUAGUGUCACAACAAGAAUGAUGAGAAUGCUGUUAACCAUUUAGUAAUACUAUUGAAGUAGUUUUAGACAUUCUUUUAUGUUAACUAAAGCAUCUUGAGUUAGUACAUUGUCCACCAUUAUUUUGCUAUAUAUGUACCAAUGUACCAAAACACAGGCAAAAUCUAGGAUGGGUUUAUGGCUCAUGUACUGUUUAGUUUCAUAAAUUUGGAAUGAUCACUAAACUGCAUCAAAGAGGAGUGAAGCAAAAAGAGGGAUUGUGCAUUGAGAUCCCUACUUCAGGACAACACAAGGCCUAAUGCAUAUUAUUCUGAGUAUAUUUUAUAUCAGUGGGGGUGGUUACUGAGCAGCUAGAGGUAAAGGCCAUAAUUUUCAAACCUAGGGGCCAGAUUUGCAGGCAGCAUAAAUCAGUGUUGUUGUACUGACUUCAAUAAAGAUGAGAAUAAAGUGA